AUGGCAACCAACACAACAACCUUCAACCCAUCCGACCCUUCAAACCCCGCCCACUACAGCCCCUCCCAAACAGCUCUCCUCCUCCUAGACUUCCACACAACCUUCCUAAAAGCCCUAGGUCCUUCCUCCUCACCCGCUGUAACCACCGCCGCAAACCUAAGAAAAUGGGCCAAAUAUCAAAAUAUCCAUGUCAUUCACUGCUUGGUCGAUACUUCAAAUCCUCCUUCUUUCUCUACAUGUAAACCCAAUAACAUGGUGGAAGAGGUUGUUGCAUCUAUGAUCGAGUCGCUCGAUGCUGGAGAACCUGCUUCUUUGGUGGAAAGCGUGGAUGGUGAUGGUGGAGAGGAGGUGACAUUUAUACGACCGGCUUGUUAUGGUUCUGCUCUCAAAUCACCGGGUCUUCUGCAACAUCUCCAGAAGAAUGGGAUUAAGUCUUUGGUGUUGGCAGGAAUAAGCAGUGCGGGAGUUAUAUUGAGGACGGCGUUGGCGGCAACGGAUGAGGAGUUUGUGGUUACGGUUGUGGAGGAUGGGUGUGCUGAGUUCAAGGAAGAGGUGCAUGAGGUUUUGAUGAGGGAUGUGUUGCCUGCGAGGGCUUAUGUCGUACGUGCUGGGGAGCUCAUGGAGGGAUAUGAGAGGGGGGCUAGGGGGGUGUGA